AUGUCCGCUAUCCAGAACCUCCACUCUUUCGACCGCUUUGCUGAUGCAAGUAAGGGUGAUGACCUGCUGCCUGCGGGGACCGAGGAUUAUAUCCAUAUAAGAAUUCAACAGCGCAACGGCAGGAAGACCCUUACCACUGUCCAAGGGAUUGCUGAUGACUACGACAAAAAGAAACUAGUGAAGGCCUUUAAGAAGACAUUCGCCUGCACUGGUCCUGUGAUUGAGCAUCUAGAGUAUGGAGAAGUGAUUCAGCGCCAGGGCGACCAGCGCAAGAACAUAGGCCAGUUCCUUGUAGAGAUUGGGCUGGCUAAGGACGACCAGCUGAAGGUUCAUGGGUUUUAAGUGCUUGUGGCUCACGGAAGCUUAAGUGAGGAUUUCCUUGCAAUGAGUAGUAAAAUUCCCUCUGUCCCUUGUCACAAGUUUAAAACCUCACAGCUUGUAUGACGUAACCAUUUGGGGUCCACAUUUAACUUGGACUAGUGUAACUCCUU